AAAUUAGUCUUUGCAACGGAACCUCAAUCAAUCCAGAGAAAGAAAGAAACGCGGGUGAGGUGUGGAAAUGGCUUCUCUCCUCUCAUUAAACAGCUAUAAGGCAGUCCAUUUCAGGGCGAUUGUACCUCAAUCUCAGAAAGCUGGUUUCAGUUCUCUGAAAUCUUCCUCCAUAACUGUAAACCGGACCUGGAUCUUCUCCCAUUCCACUCAAACGCCAAGGGCAAGGCGUUCCAUCUCUGUCAUCAACAAAUCGGGUGAGGAAUCUCCCCAAAACAAUCAACAAGAUGAGGAAGCCAGCAAUUUAGGAGUUAAAGCUGCAUUAUCCAUGCUGACAUUCUACAAAAGGGAAAUCUCGCCGCUAUUGCCAAAAAGCUGUCGAUAUGUUCCAACUUGUAGUGAGUAUUCGAUGAUAGCUUACAAGAAGUAUGGUGUUGUCAAGGGCACCAUCUUGACUGCCUGGCGUCUCUGUCGCUGCAAUCCCCUUGGCGGAUCUGGGUUUGAUCCUCCACGAUGGUUUGAUGAGCAAAUUCCACCUGAAAGUGAUGAGAUGUCAUAAUCUAUGAGGAACGCCCAUAAAGUGUCUCAAAUGAGGUUAUCUUCAGACUACUAUGGUAGCUGGAAUUAUAUCACCACUCAGCAAGGGGCAACCACUUAACCCAUGAAGAAGGCUGGUGGUGAGUCAUGCAUCUUAGGUAGUUCUCAAGGUACUGAUUCAACCUCUCAAUUUGGCCAUCUGACUGAGGAUGAUAUGCAGUGGAGUAGGCUAAUUUAAUUCCUAGCAAUCUGAAUAACUCCUUUUGAAACAGGCUGAUAAACACUUUAUCCUGUCAGAGACAAUAGAUUCAGAGAUGCCAUGGAGUUUGAACACAUGAUCUAGAAAGCUUUAGCAACAGAGGCGGCAGUAAAGGGGUGUGAUAGGGCAAAAAAGUUACUGUAUUUAGUCAUUCUGCAGAUAACUACCAAAAUUACAUCCUUACCACUAGAUUUUGGAAGUUGCUCAAUAAAGUCCGUUGAAAUAUGCUGCCAGGCUUGCUUUGGGAUAGGUAGUGGCUGUAAUAAUCUUGCAGGGGCUGAAUGGCCGCUCUUGCAUCUAGUACAACAUCACAGUGCUGUAUCCAAGAUGUGACAGAUGAUAAGAGUCCAAGUAAAAAAAAGUGCCUUUUGAGACUAGCAUAGGUGGGUUGGAUUUCAGAGUGACCACCCAAAGCAAAAUCAUGAUAUUGCUGUAGGAGUUUAUCCCUUAAAUCACCCUUGUUUCCAAUGUAAAGUUUGCUUUUAUAAUACAAUAGUCCCUUCUUAAGUUCAUACCCUAAACAGGCAGUUGCAUUGAUUGCUAAUUGCUGAAUCAUCUCAAUGGCUUUGGCAUCUUCUGCAUACGAGUCAUUAAUGGUAGUCAUCCAGGAGGGAAUAGGAGAGACAUUAAAGCAUAGGAGCAGCUUUCUUCCAUUAAAGGUCUCUUGGAAAGUGCAUCAGCCACUCUGUUUUCUACUCCUUUUUUGCAAAGGAUUUUGUAAUCCAACCCCAGCAGUUUGCUUACCCCCUUUUCCUGCAAAUUGGUGUAGUUUUUCUCCAGCAAGUAUUUUAUACACUCAUGAGCAUAUUAUUGAUUAGAAAUGUACCUUGCCCCAAUUGGAGACAACAAAUGCAAGUUGGGUUUGUGACAAUGAGUCAAGAAAUUAUAGUUCAAAUGGAUGGAUAUGCAUUUAAAAGGCCUAAUGUUGCAAACAAGGGCAUAAAUUCUAUCUUUCUCUUUUAGCAAUUUUAGGAUGAUCUUUAAUUCAUUUUUUUCCCAAUUUUUUGCAAGAAAUUUACAAAUUAGGAUAAUCAUACUAAAUGUCCGGUUGACCGUAGCAUGACCUGCUUGAAAGCUGAUCUGGAAGUAAAAGUGACAAAGUAAACAUGGGAAAGGAAAUAAAUCAUUUUCCUUGUAUCUCCUCCCAUACAAUCACUGAUUGUGAUAGGUUUUAUAUGAGUCUUAUCAUAACUAAUUUUCAAAACAUAUCCAUUGAACAUAUAACAGUCUGAUAAAAAAAAACAUAUAACAGUUGUAUCGCAUGAAUUCUCAUGUCAACCAUAUCACUCCUAUCCCACCUGCUGUGAUGUAUCACAUGCAGUCAUGUUGCAUGCUUGAGCACUUUGAUUUGUGAUUUUAGCAUGUAUAGAGAUGGAUUAGAGAAGGCAGUGGCUAAAUAGCUGGGCUUUUCCAGCUUAAACGGCCCCUCAUUGGCGAGUAUUGCUCCAUAUUGGUGCUUCCGACGCUGUUGAAGAUGACUGCCAGCAAUGGCCGGCUUGUUUCACUCCAUUGACAUCAAAAUGAAAGCUGGUCGUCCAUAUAUGUGGUCCGAAGGUUGCAUAUUAAAAGCUCGGAGGGAACAAAAAUACAAUCAGAAAUAUAUAAAUGAUCUUGUAAUUCUGAUGAUUGCAAAUCAAUUAUGAAUAGGAAUAAAUGAAAGAAAAAUUGUUUGCUGAUGAGAAUGGAGUUCAAAGGUUGUACUCUUGUGUGAGAAGUUAUAAUCAAUGGGUAUUUAUUUUUUGGUCCAA